UUCCAGGAAAUGUAGAAUAUAGAACGCUGUGUGUUCGGGGAAAGCUGCAUGCCAUCUCUUCAGGGGUCUUUGUCAGCCGAGGCUCGUCCAAUCAGAGCGGAGAAGCCCCUGUGGCCCGGCCCCCUCCUCCUCACACGCCCUGUGGUUGUAGGAUUGGGAAGCAGAAGGAAUAUGGAGAGCCCGCUGUGUGGGAGAGGCUGAGUGACACUUUCCUGUGCUGGGGACACCCUCCGCUCUCUGUGCCCGGAGCCAGCAGCUCCUAAUGCUCUUAGACAUGGAUAUCCUCUGUCUGCUGCUCCUUUUUCCUGCCAUAUGUCGAGCCAUGGAAGUUCAUGUCCCUGAUCUUCCUGUCACUGGAAUUUUAGAUGAAGAUGUCAUCCUCCCCUGCUGGUUCACUCCCCCGGCUGGCUUCUCAGUGCAGAACCUCAGUUUGUUUUGGAAGUUAACAAGCUUGCAGCAAGUUCAUGCUUUUACCCUUGGACAAGAGCAAUUGGAAAACCAGGAACCAAACUUCAUCAAUCGUACACAGCUUUUUCUAAGGAAACUGCCAGAAGGCAAUAUGUCCCUUCUUCUACACAAGGUCCAGCUCUCUGAUGAAGGCACCUAUACAUGCUUUGUAAAUGUUGGAAACUACAGUUCAGCUGCUGUGAGUCUGCAGCUGGCAGCAUCAUUUACAAAGCCAAUUUUACACCUGGAACCUAGCGAGGGCCUUAAACCUGGGGAUCAUGCAACAGUGACAUGCCAUACUUAUCGUGGGUACCCAGAGGCCGAAAUACUUUGGCAGGAUGGAAAAGGACAAAACCUGACAGAAAACAUCACAACUUCACAAGUGGCCAAUGAAGAAGGCUUGUUCCACGUUCAGAGUUCUCUCCAUGUCAUCUUGGAGACCAGCGACACAUACACUUGCUUGGUAUACAAUCCCAUCCUGCAGGUGGUGACUCAUGCCUCUCUGAGUGUGACAGGGCAGCAUCUCUCAUUCCCACCGGUGGCUUUGUGGGUGACAGUGGGGCUUUGUGUCUGCCUCCUGGCUCUCCUUGUGGCUCUUGCCUGUGUAUGUCGAAAACAGCUAAAACAGACCUGUGAGGAAGAACAAGAACAAGAGGAAGCAGCAGGCAACAUGGAGCAAGAAUUAAAUGGAGAAUUGAAGACAGCCAUGCAGCCGUUAAAAGCCAGCUCAGCAGAAGGUGAAGAUACUUCUUCCUUAGAGUGAGCAUGUUCAUGUGAAUCUGAGCAAUUUCAGCAUUUUGAGCUUUACCUAAUACACACUGGACUCUGUGCUGGAAAAUCAAAGGACUCUACAGAUUUCACUAGGCAUGCGGGACUUGCCUUCCUGUGAUCUUGGUCCAUUUUUUUUACAGGAUUUUUAUUUGAAGAUGUUGUUAUGGGCAUGUGAUGAAUACUUUUAAACAGCUUUUCCACCUUCAACUAGAUAGUUAAAAAGCGUUGAGCAUGUCCCUCAUGGGUAAGUGACAGGGGGUUCCCCACUGUUGUCCUCUGUCAAUCAACUGUUUUGAAAUGAACCUCUAAGUAGCUAUGAGGCUGAUGCUGUUUGGAGUUGAUUAGCUUUUUUGGCACAAUGCAGCCUGUUCUCAUCUAUUUGCUUUCAUUGGGAUACUAAGGCAAGGCCAUGUCGGACCCAAAAACAGCUGAAUUGCCCCAAGCAGUUGUAGCCUUAGAGUUGCUUCUUUGUUUCUCGGUACAAUGUUUUUAAUAGAAAAAAUAGGAAAACAUAACAUAGUAUAUUUGUAAAACAAGUAAUUCCUGUGCAGGGGACAUACAAUAAAGUAAUAUAGAGAUUA